AAAAAAACCUUCCUUUUCCCGUUUGGCAGUGCGUCGCCCAUAUCGCCCUAAUGAACACACCGCCCCUGCUCAGGAGAGUUGACUAGACACAUGCGAUCACACACUGGAGAGAAGCCUUAUAGCUGUGAUCAGUGUGGGAAGAGCUUUUCUCGAUCAGCACUCCUGAAUAUACACAAGCGCAUACACACAGGAGAGAAGCCUUAUAGCUGUGGUCAGUGUGGGAAGAGCUUCAGUCAUUCAGGGAGCCUGAAUUCACACCAGCGAACACACACUGGAGAGAAGCCUUAUAGCUGUGAUCAGUGUGGAAAAAGCUUCAAUCAGUCAGGCCAACUGACUAUACACCUGCGAACACACACAGGAGAGAAGCCUUAUAGCUGUGAUCAGUGUGGGAAGAGCUUUGCUUGCUCAGGAGAGCUGACUAGACACCUGCGCAUACACACUGGAGAGAAGCCUUAUAGCUGUGAUCAGUGUAGAAAAAGCUUCAAUCAGUCAGGCCAACUGACUAUACACCUGCGAACACACACAGGAGAGAAGCCUUAUAGCUGUGAUCAGUGUGGGAAGAGCUUUGCUUGCUCAGGACAGCUGACUAGACACCUGCGAACACACACAGGAGAGAAGCCUUAUAGCUGUGAUCAGUGUGGGAAGAGCUUUACUCGAUCAGUAACUCUGACUAUACACCAGCGCAUACACACUGGAGAGAAGCCUUAUAGCUGUUAUCAUUGUGGGAAGAUCUUUGCUGUAGCUUACUCCCUGACUCAACACCAGCGCAUACACACAGGAGAGAAGCCUUAUAGCUGUGAUCAGUGUGGAAAAAGCUUCAAUCAUUCAGGCCAACUGACUAUACACCUGCGCAUACACACAGGAGAGAAGCCUUAUAGCUGUGAUCAGUGUGGAAAAAGCUUCAAUCAUUCAGGUAAACUGACUAGACACCUGCGAACACACACUGGAGAGAAGCCUUAUAGCUGUGGUCAGUGUGGGAGGAGCUUCAGUCAAUCAGGGAAUCUGAAUUCACACCAGCGAACACACACUAGAGAGAAACCUUAGAUAGACACACUAGAGAGAAACCUUCCAGAUCCCUAAAGAAAGGAUCAAUAGAAAACAUCUAGUGAACAGUCAUAUCCAUCUCCCUUUCUUAAACAGUUGACUUAGUCUGAUCUCCAUGGUAACCUCUGUGGAGCCUAAUAUGCAGCUGUAAUCUAGGAGCAGGUCUCCCCUGUGUCUAUGUAAUAUCACACAUUGUGAUCUAAAUGGAUAAAUGUUAUCAUAGAAAAUGUCAUAGUGAACCUGUGUGUGUUGGGGGAUGUUGAUAAUUGUAUCUUCUUUCAUAUACUCAUGAUACUAUUAUUAUUAAAUGUCAUUAUGUAGAGUAAUGUUUCAACAAUAGGUGUAUAUUCAUGUAUUCAAUUCAUCAAUAAAUUCAUCCAUUAUCUUCUAAACAAGAAGUUAUCACUUUAAUUUGAUAUUUUUAUAAUAAUGAUCUAAAUUGAUUAAAAUGAUCCUAAAACGAAUCAAUGAUACAUUGGAUAAUAAUAUCCAUGAGGUCAAGGCAAGAACUAUGCAUACUGUGUCUUGUAACAACGGUUAAUGUA